AUGGAAUCAAUAUUCUCAUCACUGUUGGCAUCAUCAUUGCUGGUUGGAUUGCCCAGCAUCAUAAUACUAUCUGUAUUCAUAUUCUUCUAUGUUGGCAUUCUGAUGCGCAAGGUCAACUCUAAAGAGCCACUACCACCGAUCAUUGCCAACUAUAUACUUCAAUGUCUAUUCUCAAUCACUUCGUACUGGGACAACAUCGUGUCACAGGCCAAGAUCUAUCGCAUCUCACACGACUUUAUCGUGUUUCAGUGUCUCACCGUGGUGUUCUUGCUAAAGGUCAUUGAGAGUCUGCGCAGUGGCGCCAAGACUCUUGAACAAUUGGCCACAAUCACAAAGAGCAGCGAACGAUCACUGCAGAUCCUUCUCAACAAGUUGUCAAAGGAGGGUCAUAUCCUAUACAAUCAGGAUGACAACAAUUAUCGAAUCAAUGCCCCUCCAGUCAGUCCAGAGGGUGGCAGUGGCGGUGGCAGUGGUGCCGCUGCCAACUCAAUUGUACCAAACUAUAACCUGAUGGACGUUUAUAACGAUCGAAUGGACAACACCUACGGUCUGUUUCAACAUCCAUCGAUUGCCAAGGCAUGGGGCUCUACCAAGGACUGUCUGGAGCAGUGCCACUCGUCGAUGCAUGCCAAUCCAUCCAACUUUUUCAACUUUAUCGACGAGAAGGACGUCUUCCUCAAGAAGAUAUUCGACGCUGCAAUGAAACAAAAGGCGGAGGUGAUCAAGCUGCAGAGUCUGAUAUCGUGCCACUUCAACUUUUCAAAGUACAGCAGCGUGUGUGACCUGGGCGGUGGCUUUGGCUACCUUGGCUUCCAGAUCAUCAAGGACCAUCCCAGCACCAACGUCAUCGUGCUGGACAUGGAGGAGACACUCAAGCAUGCCGUCGAGAUGGCCAACAAUGACAUUCAAAAGAAGGAUCUGUUGGCCAACAAUCAGAUCGAAUUCAGAGUGGGCGACGCUCUGCAAUCGCGCACCAUCCCACUGUGCCAAGUGUACAUCCUGUCUGAGAUCCUCGGCGUCUGGAACCGUCAUGAUUGUCUAAAGAUCCUACAUUCUAUAUCCACCGUGCUCAAGAAGCAAAAGGCCAACGGACUCAAUGCUACUCUGAUCGUUGUCGACUCUGUAGUCGAUGAGAAUGGAUGUCGCGAGGAGGAUCAGCAAUGGAACAACCUUGGCAUAUCAAGUCUGGUGAUGAUGUCCAUCAUAUCAAUAUUCAAGCGUACCAGGAAUGAUUGGGAGAUGCUUUUCCAAGAGUGUGGUCUGGCCAUCCAGUCCAUCAAGAAAUUAUACCAUCCACCAUACCUAUCUCUCAUUGAAUUAUAUGUAGUGUAA